AUGUCGCGCCCGGAAGAGCUUGCCCCGCCCGAGAUUUGGUAUGGAGACGAUGAGGCGCAGAAGUACACUGGAAACACGCGUGUGCAGAAGAUUCAGGCGGAGAUGACGGAUCGUGCUCUUGAGCUGCUGCAGCUUCCGCCAGGCGAGAGCGCGUUCAUCCUCGACAUUGGUUGCGGCUCUGGUCUCAGUGGAGAGCUGCUUGACGAGGACGGACAUGUCUGGGUCGGCGUCGACAUUGCCCCGAGCAUGCUCGAGGUCGCUCUUGAGCGGGAAGUGAACGGCGACCUGUUUCUGCAGGACAUUGGCCAGGGCUUCGGCUUCCGCCCCGGAACGUUUGACGGCGCGAUCUCAAUUUCGGUGCUGCAGUGGCUCCUGAAUGCGGACUCCUCGUCGCAUUCACCCCCGCAGCGCCUGACGCGCUUCUUCACAACGCUGCACUCGGCGCUCAAGAACCCGUCCCGCGCCGUGUUCCAAUUCUACCCCUCUAGCGACGAUCAGGUGCAGCUCAUCACGAGCUGUGCGCAGAAGGCCGGUUUCGGCGGUGGUCUCGUCGUCGACUAUCCCAACUCGAAGAAGGCGAGGAAGAUGUACCUCUGCCUCAUGGUUGGACAGCAGGAGAUCCCGAAGGGUCUCGAGGAGGAGCACGAGGCGAGCGCGCACGACAAGCGCGAGGAGAUCAAGAUGGAGCGCAGGCGGAGACGGGAAAAGAUCUCCAAGAAGAAGCAGUCAAACAAGAACCUCACUGGCAAGGAGUGGAUCCUCAAGAAGAAGGAGCUCUACAGGACCCGUGGAAAGGAGGGAGUCCCGCGAGACUCAAAGUACACGGCACGCAAGCGUCGCGUGCAGUUCUAA